AUCACAGUCAAGUAUUAAUAGCGGGGAGGAGAGCGCACACUUUGCUGGAGGGCUGCCGGGCACAGCAGCUCGCACCCCCACGCCAGCCUGAAGGACGCACCCGGGUGCAGGUGGGGUUGGUGCCAUGGUGAUGGAGCAGAGCGAGCUGCAGCACCGCCCCUGGGCGUCCCAGGCAGACAGCAAGGUGCUGAGCGAGGCUGAGCUUGAAGAAAUUGCACCAAGAACCCGGGCUCCGCAGCCCUCUCUCUGCAGCAGGCUCCGGGACGCAAGGUGCUCAUGUGCUGUUGCCAAGGCCCUUCUGUUCCGGUUCCUACCGAUCCUGAGCUGGUUGCCCCGGUACCCGGUCAGAGACUGGCUCUUCGGUGAUAUCAUCUCGGGGUUCAGUGUGGGCAUCAUGCACCUCCCUCAGGGUUUGGCUUAUGCGCUCCUGGCAGGGGUACCUCCCGUGACUGGCCUCUAUUCAUCCUUCUAUCCUGUCUUCCUGUACUUCCUGUUUGGAACAUCUAGGCACAUCUCCGUGGGCCCCUUUGCUGUCAUCUCCAUCAUGAUCGGCAGCGUGACAGCCUCGCUGAUGCCCAACAGCAACUUCCUGGAUCCAGUCAAUGGCACGAAUGAGACAGUCCUCAACGAGACGAGGAGAGACAGUGCCAGGGUGGAACUGGUGGCUACACUCACCAUCCUGGUGGGCAUCUUCCAGAUAGCUCUGGGGCUGCUGCAGUUUGGAUUUGUGGUCACCUAUCUCUCUGAUCCCUUGGUGCGGGGAUACACCACAGCGGCUGCCAUCCAGGUGCUGGCCUCCCAGCUGAAGUACGUCUUUGGGGUGGAGGUGGCUGAGCAGUCAGGGCCACUAUCCAUGUUCACUGCCUUCACUGAGAUCUGCAGCAAGCUGCCCCAGACCAACGUGGGCACCCUGGUCACAAGCCUGAUUGCCAUGGCCACCAUCGUGGCUGUCAAGAUGCUCAGUGCCAAGCUCUCCUCCAAGCUCCCCAUGCCCAUCCCCAUUGAACUCAUCACGAUCAUCGUUUCCACGGGGAUCUCCUAUGGAGCCGGCCUGAAGGCCAAGUUCGGGAUUGCUGUUGUGGGCGACAUCCCCAGUGGGAUGAAACCACCAGUGGCUCCCAACCCCAGCUACUUUGGGCAGAUGGUGGGCAAUGCCUUUGCCAUUGCCGUGGUCAGCUAUGCCAUCUGCAUCUCCCUGGGCAAGAUCUUUGCCCUGAAACAUGGCUACAAGGUGAACAGUAACCAGGAGCUGAUAGCCAUGGGGAUUUGUAAUUUCAUGGGCGGCUUUUUCCAGUGUUUCAGCAUCAGUGGCUCCAUGUCCCGGACCCUGGUGCAGGAGAGCACUGGAGGGAACAGUCAGGUGGCCGGGGUCGUUGCCUCAAUUCUCAUCUUAGUGACCAUUUUGAAGAUUGGGCAGCUCUUCCAAGCCCUGCCCAAAACCAUUUUAGCUGCCAUCGUCAUUGUGAACCUGAUGGGCAUGUUCAGGCAGUUCACAGACAUCUGCACACUGUGGCAGUCCAACCGCAUCGAUCUGCUCAUCUGGCUCGUGACCUUUGUGGCCACUCUCCUGCUGGACCCACACCUGGGGCGGGGGGUCUCUGUGGCGUUUGCCUUGCUCACAGUCAUCUUCCGGACCCAGCUGGCCCACUACUCCAUCCUGGGGCACGUUUCCAAUACAGGCAUCUACAGAGAUGUGGCGGAAUAUAACACGGCUGAGGAAAUUCCAGGUGUGAAGAUUUUCCGUUCUUCUGCCACUGUCUAUUUUGCCAACGCUGAGCUCUAUUCUGAGGCCCUGAAGGAGAAGAGCGGCAUUAAUGUUGAUUACCUCAUUGGGAAGAAGAAGAAAGCCCUCAAGAAACAGAAGAAGCAGCAGGAGAAGAAGAAGAAGGAAGAGGCAAAGAAGAAGGUAAUCCUGGAGGGCUGCCCUCAUCUCAUUUGAUGGGGAGGGGCUGUGUUUUAUUCCCCGCAGGAGCCAGGGAGUGACUGCAAUGGAUCUGGCCCUGCAGUGGUUGACUCCAAUGGAAGCAGGACAGAAUUGGAGCCCCAAGCCAGCGGCACCCAAAAAGCCUUCAAUGAACCCACUCUGGAGUCUUUAGGUCUCAAAAAGCCCGACCUCCACUCCCUCAUCCUGGACUUCACCUCUGUCAACUUUGUGGAUACUGUCUGCAUAAAGAUCCUAAAGAACAUAUUCAGAGAUUUCCGGGAGUUAGAAGUGGAUGUGUUUCUUGCUGGCUGCCAUGUGUCUAUCAUUGACCAGCUGGAAAAAGGCAACUUCUUCAGCCAAACCAUCACCAAGCACCACCUCUUUGCCUCAGUGCAUGAUGCCAUCGCCUAUGUCACCAGAGGGCAGGGACAGAGCAUGCCACGGCCAGUCACACUUGAUUCCAGCACUAAACUGUAGCCACCAGAAACAGCAUUUAUUGUCCCCAAAAGCUGAAUAGGAAAGAGGGAGCCACCCAGGCAUGUUUGCAGAGGACUCUUUGAGCUGGUUCGUAUUUACAAGGACAGGUGACAUGAGAUUCCUUGUCACUGGGAAUCUAGCAAACCUAAGAUCUUCUACUGCUGAGCAUCUCCUUCAGGCACUGGAAACCUGAGAUCUUCUACCCUUGGGAACUUGCUUUAGCUACUGGACAACAGGGGGAUCUGUCUUAAACAUGAAGUCUCCUUCUGUUGGGAAUCUUCUCCAGACACAGGAGAUCUGGGAUUUCACAGACUUAAGAAUUCACUUCAGACAUAAGAUCUUCUGCCCCUGGAAAUCCCUCAGAACCAGGAGCCAUGUCCGAUUGUGUCAUCAAUGCUUAUUAGCUUAGUGUCCAUAGCCCCUGUUUGCCUGAGGCUGGGAAUGGGUGACAGGGGAGGAAUCACUUGAUUACCUGUUGUGUUUAUUCCUUCUGGGGCACCUGGCAUUGGCUGCUAUCAGAAGACAGGAAACUGGGCUGGCUGGACCUUUGGUCUGACCUAGUAUGACCAUUCUUUGGUGUGACUCUUUUCCUUGAGUAAAAUAUCCCAGGAGAGAAGCUGCACUUGAGAGUUUUCCACUUGACUGAUUACUGAGAUGAUGCUCUUCAGCAGAACCAAACAAGCAGUUCUAUUGGCUGUGCAAAACUCCCUACCAAGAGCAAUACUGAACCGAUCUACAGGCUGAAGGCUGCUUAUGCCUACAUCCCAUUUCCAACUUGUGGAUAAAGUAACAAAGAGCAAAAUCCACCCUUGCCGCAUGGGGCAAGCUGUGAAUAUGCAUAGAUAUUGUUAUAUGAGAGAGAACACUAAGAUCAGGAGUAUCUCUUUUUGGGGUGCAAUCCAGACAGUAAGGGGCUGUCACCACCAGCUCUUCAACCUUGGGUGCUUCAUAGUGUUGUGCUGUAACUUUGACAUUGGGCCCUUCACACACAGCAUACAGGUCACAGCCUGAGUGUCUGUGUGUAGCUACAGUCUACCAGCAUCCUUCAGUCACACUCAUACUUGGUUACCACUUGCAGGGUGACCUAAACACACUCCAAGUACAGGAUUUUCCCCAAAAAAAUGUUCAUGCAGUACCACACAGACUUCACUUGGACAGUCCACAUAAUAGAGGUCCAUUGUCCCUGUACAAGGUCAAUGUACAAUACUUGCUAUUUUAAACUGAAUUGUUCAGUAACUCCAGAUAAACACAACAGUUGAUUAGAUUUGAAUAAAACACGUUUAUUUAACUACAAAGAGAUUCUAAGUGAAUAAAAGUUAGUAAGAUUCUAAGUGUGUAAAAGGUAUCAACGUCAGAAGUAGUUACAAGAGAAACCAAAGCUAAAUCACUAGUAACUAAGGUAAAAUUCUUACUAAAUGGUCCCAGCACCAGGCCUGACCAAUUUUCAAGUAGAGCCUUUCUCAGAGUUCAAAGCUGGUUCCUUUGUCUCCUCUGCUGAAAGAGCAAAAGACAGAGAAAAUAUCUGUGGAGAUUCCCAUCCUCCCUUUUAUAGUCUAGUCAUCCUUUGUAAUGCAUUUUCCUGAGGGUUGUCCCUAGAUGCAAUUCCUACCAGCUAUAAAGAUGGAACCAUGAAGCCUUGUGGUGAAAGAAGUUCCAUGGCGUUGGUUAAAAUGCAACUUGGUCUGCUACUGCCCAUCAUAUCUGCUAGUCACCUUUAAUGACCCCCUCUCUAGAGGUGUCAGUUUAUCCUUUGUUUUUGAGAAAUUGGUUUGCCUAUUCCCCAGACUUGUCAUGACUUCAACUUAUGUCUAUAUCUUCCACAUAACAUUGCUACAUGCACUUCACCAUGAUAUUAUUGAUCAAUGAGUUAUUAGUUUUCAAAUGAUACCUCACAAGGCAUAUUUUAUACAAAGAUUAUUACAAUUGUGUAGGGUGUGAAUACUGGGAUGCAUUCAGUGACACAGAGGUAGUGCUUACUAUUUAUUAUCAAUACGUUGUUGUUGUUCUUGAGAAAACCAGAAAAGCAUAGGUGCCAGAAAAGAAAAAGACUUAAGAAUAUCCAGUCCAUUAGCUGCCCCAGGCAGGAUUGUUCCCUGUAGAAUAUUUUCAAGCAUCCAAGCCUCACCACUUCCUUUAAAGAGCUUUAUAGCUUAACAUGCCUCGUAAAGACAGGACUUGAAAAAUAUUUGUAGUCAUCAAAUAGAUUUAGAUCUAUAAAGGGGUUGGCAGAAGGCAGGAAUUAAUUCCGAUAAUUAAUUGGCAUCUAGCCUGUAUUCAUGUUAAAAUUCUAAGACUUAAUUUUAAAACAUGAUCUGACUGAAAGCCUAAUGACCUAUGAAUAUUUUAUAAUAAAUGUGUUUUUACACCAACUAGCUUUUUGUCAUUUGUUAAUGUGACAUUUUUUCAGUGCUAGCUUCAAAUCCAUGCCAAUGCUGAAUAUUUCAUCAGAUUACGUAGCUUUUGUCACUCUUAAAUACCAUGUUCUUUUGGACCACCUUAUUUAGACUCGUGGCCUUACUUUGCCAGUCUCCUUUGAAUAUGUUUUGCAAUUGUUUGACUCUAGUAAGAAGGCUAAUGUUAGGUGGCGCAAUGGCCUCUCCUAUUGGAACAGACACUGAAAAGCACAGGGUAUGUCUACUCUAUAGGAUAAGGCCGAAUUAAGAUAUG